AUGACAGCAGCCGAAAACGCAAAACCACCAACGCGUCAACAACGACAACACUGCUGGAAGUUACGCGACGAAUACUUUGCAUGCCUCGAUAAGUUAUCCAUUGUCGAUCCUGUCAUUGUCGAAAAAGAACCAACCAAGGCCAAGGAAUGUCUCGAAAAGAAAUCACAGUACGAGGAUGCAUGCAUGGCAAGUUGGGUUGAAUAUUUCAAUAAACGACGAGUACUGGACGUAAAACAGCGCGAAUAUCUAGAAUUCUCAAAGCAGCAAUCCGGCAAAUAA